CGCAUUUCAGUUCGUCGGUCAAAAACACACAGUUGCCAGCUGGAGCAGCUGGUUCUUCAAUGCGACUUAAUGUUUGAUUGCUCCCCCAUGUGAUUUCCGCGUUUUUUUUUCAUGAUAAAAUCGUGUGAUAAAGACAGUGAGGACGAUUGUGUGAGGAAAAUUGAAUUUAAUGUGCAGUUAAGGUGCUUGUGAAAGUGUCAUUGGGCUUUCUGGUUCACGAAAAAACCAUUGUGUUAAUCAUAAAAGGAUUUUUCACUACCCUGGAUACAAAGGAGUUUCGAGUACCUCGCAACAGCGUCCUUUGUAAACUGGAGGAUGUAGCAAUUAUGUCGUGGCGAAGAGCAACGUAAUUAGAAUUCUUUUUUUUCAAAGAGGAAGAGAUUAGGGUCGUUGAAGGGAAAAGAUGGCUUCAAACAACGCAAACGGACACAAGAGAAAUGGCUCGUCAUCCAGUAUGUUUUGCCAUAGACGAACGGAAUCUGGCGGUGGAUUUAUUGGUCACAAAUGGUCAGAAAGUGGCCAUAAACGAGCUGAAAGCAUAUCAAGUGCCUUUAGCCAAAAACGCUCCGACGGCACUCACAAAACUAGCGAUUUUACUGGCUUUGGGCACAGAAGGUCGGACUCGGGUAGCAAUUAUCAUUCUGGACACAGGAGGAAUGAGAGUAUGUAUGCUAUGACUGGUUUGUAUGCAGAGAGCACCGGUGGUAAUGCUGGCGAAAAUUCAGAUUUGCCAUUGACACACGAUACUGUAAUUAGAUGUCAUAGUCGAAAUCCAAGUUCUGGCAUUAUGGACCACAGAGACUUUGUCAUCAAAUGUCAUAGCAGGAAUCCAAGUGCUUCCAUGAUAGACAGAACUGAAAAGGAAAAACCACAGACACCUCCUCUCAGUCCUGAUUCAAAGGACUGUGGAAUCCUAACUUGUAGACCGGCCUUCAUUCAAAAAUUUGCAAGUAUUAAGGUCUUUGUAUUUUUGUUGUCCUUCCUUGUUACAUUACAACAAGCACUCAGCUCAGGGUACAUUAAUUCUGUGAUCACAACGAUCGAGAAGAGAUUUGAGAUCCCGUCCAGUCUUUCGGGUCUCAUAGCAAGCUUUUAUGAAAUAGGAAAUGUUAUUACUGUUAUUUUUGUCAGUUAUCUCGGUAGUCGAAGACACAUUCCCGUUUGGAUAGCAAUCGGUGCGGUAAUAACAGGAUUAGGUUCAAUGGUUUUUGUCAUUCCGCAUUUUACAGCUGAACCAAACCUCACAACCACUUCCAAUGCCUCCAAUUCAGAUAAUAUUUGCCGUGGAGUCUCGCUGCGUGAGCAGGAUAUGGGACUAGGUCGUCUUUCAACUGGUCUCGCGUCACCACCCUUAGCGCCGCAUAACAAUUUAAGAGGUGAUAAUUGCAUUCAAGGAACUCCGUCGACAUUUGGCCCUGUUUUGCUUUUUGUGCUUGCUCAACUUUUAUUAGGAUGCGGGGGUUCGCCUCUUUUUACUCUAGGUACAACGUACAUAGACGAUCAUGUCAGUCAAGACAGUGCUUCCCUGUAUAUUGGCUGUGUCUACAGUAUGGCAGCAUUCGGUCCAGUUCUUGGCUUCCUUCUGGGAGCGUUCCUUCUCUCCUAUCAUAUGGACUCUUUCGCUGGAAAUAUCAUAAGCAUUGAUCCGGGUGAUCAUCGAUGGGUAGGAAUGUGGUGGGGAGGAUUUCUACUAUGUGGUUUGCUUCUCAUUGUAACUGCAAUUCCAUUCUUCAGCUUCCCAAAAACCUUGCAGCGUGAGAAAGAAAAAAUCCGAAUUAUCGAGAAGAGCAAACCACCGCCAAUUAAGGAGAAGGAACCCGCUAAAGAAAUAAAGAAAGUCAUCGACACUGAUGACACUGCUUACGGAAAGGAUAUUAAAGACAUUCCACGAAGUAUGUGGAGGCUUUUGUGCAAUCCAGUUUACAUUGUGACGUGUUUAGGCGCCUGCAUGGAGUUAGUGAUUGUUUCAGGAUUUGUCGUAUUUUUGCCCAAGUACUUGGAAACGCAAUUUAGUUUGGGCAAGAGCCAAGCGAGCGUCUUUACUGGUUCGAUCGCGAUACCGGGAGCUUGCAUUGGCAUUUUUAUUGGUGGAUGCCUACUAAAACGUCUUGAAUUGAGGCCAAAGGGCGCCGUGCAAUUUGUUCUAGUCUCGAAUAUUAUUUGCCUCACAUGCUAUGGAUUAUUAUUUUUCCUUGGAUGCGAUAAUGUGAAAAUGGCCGGGACCACAAUUCCAUAUUACAAUAGCAGUACGAAAGGUCUUGAACCAUUUCAAGUUAAUCUCACUGCCGCCUGCAAUUUUGGUUGCGAGUGUCGUAUGACCGAUGUUGAACCUGUUUGCGGAAAUAAUGGUCUCACAUACUUUAGUCCUUGUCAUGCCGGAUGUACUGCUUUCAGCUCCAAAUCCAAUUUCACUAAUUGCGCAUGUAUUCACAGCAAUUUAUCAAUUGUUCCACCAGUUGCUCCUGAAUUUGCUGAAGUUACUGUCGUUCCUGUGGCAACAGCAGGGCCUUGUACUUCCCCUUGUAGAACGAUAUUUCCAUUUCUUAUUCUCCUCUUCUUCAUGACGUUUGUCGUCGCAGUCACGCAAAUGCCACUAUUAAUGAUAGUUUUACGUUCGGUGUCUGAGGAGGAAAGAUCUUUUGCCUUGGGAAUGCAGUUUGUAAUAUUUAGGCUUUUUGGCUAUAUACCAGCGCCAAUUCUUUUUGGAAAUUUAAUAGAUUCAACGUGCUUGUUAUGGAAGAGCACUUGCGGGGAAAAAGGAGGACGUUGCCUUCUUUACGAUAUCGAGCAAUUUAGAUACAAGUACGUUGGCCUUUGUGCUGGAAUAAAAAUUCUCGCCCUCGCACUAUUUCUAAUUGAUUGGUGGCUAGUGAGAAGAAGAAAGCACAUGGAGGACAUGCCACCAUCUCUGACAGUCAAUGAAUUAGUCGGUUCUAUUAUCAGUCUCGACAAAUUAUUUGAAGAAAAACCACAUCAUACGGACGUGGGAAGCAGUUCGCCGAGCACUGAAAAUCCCACGCAAUCAUCAAUAUCGUCUCCCACGGAGCCUACAAAGUCAACGAAUCUUGAGGAAACUGAAUCCUCGGGUCGCUCAAAAAAUGAUUUGGAAAUCUCUGAUACGAGGCAGGCACUUUUGGCCCCCGAUGAUCUCGAUACUGAAACGGUAAAUUCUCCAAAUAAAAACGAGAAUCGCGAUUUGCUUGUUUAAUGAUUACUUUAUUCUAGCUUUUUAUUUUCAAAUAUCAGUCAC